UACGUGACGAGUAAUUCCGGUAACUAGGACCCUGGGGUCACCCCUGCAAAAAAACGGAACUAGGAAGCAUCCAAACUGAAGAUAACGAGUGUAGCGGUUCAAUGCAGUUCUGGACAAAUUAGUUCUGAAACUUGCUGAUGUUCACUGAUGCGCUCAGACAGUAUUUAGCUUCACAUGCCAAGGAAUACGGUAUGCCGAUACGACGAUUGCUCUUUUGAAACACCAAAACGAACGAGAAGAUGGAGGAACAGGAAAGGGAUACUUUCCUCACUGUGCCCGAGUCCAAAGCUCUGUCGAAUCCAGCCGUCAGCACUGGUACACGACCCAAAGUGGCAGAUGGGGGGCUGCGGCCUGUGGAGAAGAGAGGCCCCUACAUCAUGUCCAAGGCUCCCGCCAUUCAUCAAAAACUGCAGAAGCACAGGGAGAUGGCCCGGAAGGUUCUGAAGAAGAAGGGGCUGAUGUCCGGCGUGCCAGUGAUGCAGCAGCCCAGACACGGCUCUAAGAGAAGUGUGAAGUUUAAUAAGGGCUACGCCGCUCUGAGUCAGCACUCUGAGGAUACCCUGGUGUCGCUGGACUCGGACAGUGAUGUUGAGCUGGAGUCUCAGUAUUCCUCUGGCUAUUCCUCAGCUGAGGUGCACCCCGACCUCAGCCGGCAGCUCCUGAAAGACGGCUACCGCCUGGACGAGAUCCCCGACGACGAGGACCUGGACCUGAUCCCCCCGAAAGCCAUGGGCUCCUCCCCGUGCUGCUGCAUGGACGUCCCCGCCUGCUGCGUGCAGUGAGCCCCGCCCUCCCCCCCUAACUCCCCGCCUUCCCGUCCCGCGCCGCCUCGCCCUCCCACUCCCCCCCCCCCCCCCCCCCCGAGCGGUGUCUCCCUCUGUUACGGCGGGGCGGACGGGCGGCCCAAAUCACCCCCACCCGCCGCCGCGCACCGCCACCGCACCAGCCCCUCCCCCGGCCUGCGGCGCGUUUACCCGUCUCUUACCUUCUAGAACCGCCGCGGAGAGACCAAAGCGACUCGGAGCCCUGCCCCGCUGCCCGGAGAGCAGCGCCGUUACUCAGUCACUUUAGGGCCCGGCCCGCUUAGAGCAAAGCGAACGGGCGGACGGGACGGAGAAGCGCUCUGACUGGGUCACAUUGAGGUGCCUCGCGUGUCCAUCCCCUUGUGCUGUACUGCUAGCGUCUGAGUGCGCCGCCGCUCGCGCUCCCCUAUAGUCAGGACACGCGUUCGUAAAAUACGACUCUGCAGCGUUGAAAAGCGUGCGGAGGAAAGGACUGCGCCGUGCCAGGCUUAUACGACCCUCUGCAGCCGCCGUUUCUUUAUGUGCAGUUUUAGUCAUUGGCUUUGUCGUACCUCAGAGGAAGGUGGGAUCUCAUCCCGCCAGCACUUAAAUACCGCUUGGAUUUUGGCUUUAAAGUGAACCGUUAAAGGUGGUGCAUUUGUAGUGAAGUGAAGGAGUGCUCCUGAGUGGUUUAUGCUGAUGAGAUGUCAGGUUAGGGGUUGUUGGCUUCUGAAAUAGUGUGAAGCCUUUAAGUGCGAGAGAAAGACUGUCCCCGCUUUGAGGGGCCUGUAAAACCAAGGUCGCGUUUAUUGGCGAGGGUUAAUGGAGCCGUUUGUGAGGAAUGAGGGCUCUGCUCAGAGCUUUUUGUGUCUUAGAGCACCCCGUAGAACAGUGGUGUCUAGGCUAUGGUUCAGGAGACCCCGUAGAACAGUGGUGUCUAGGCUAUGGUUCAGGAGACCCCUUAGAACAGUGGUGUCUAGGCUAUGGUUCAGGGCACCCUAGAACAGUGGUGUCUAGGCUAUGGUUCAGGAGACCCCUUAGAACAGUGGUGUCUAGGCUAUGGUUCAGGAGACCCCUUAGAACAGUGGUGUCUAGGCUAUGGUUCAGGAGACCCCUUAGAACAGUGGUGUCUAGGCUGUGGUUCAGGAGACCCCUUAGAACAGUGGUGUCUAGGCUAUGGUUCAGGAGACCUCAUAGGACAGUGGUGUCUAGGCUAUGGUUCAGGACACCUCAUAGAACAGUGGUGUCUAGGCUAUGGUUCAGGACACCUCAUAGAACAGUGGUGUCUAGGCUAUGGUUCAGGACACCUCAUAGAACAGUGGUGUCUAGGCUAUGGUUCAGGACACCUCAUAGAACAGUGGUGUCUAGGCUAUGGUUCAGGACACCUCAUAGAACAGUGGUGUCUAGGCUGUGGUUCAGGACACCUCAUAGAACAGUGGUGUCUAGGCUAUGGUUCAUACUUUCAUAGUCAUGAGAGUGGUUGUAGUGAACCGAGUAAUGCGCAUGGAUAAAAUAACUUGCAUGUGUUUUUUUUUUUUUUUUUUUGCAGUCCAUAAGUUACAUUGCACAUGCAGUUCUCUAGAUGUUUAAAAACGUUUGAAUUGGGAUGUGUUUUAAGAGGGCCAUUGGUUUGGGAAGUUUGGGAACCGUUACCAUAGAGUUUAUCCUGUGUUCCACCAAGGGAGAACUGCAGGUCUGAGACAGUCCCUGAAGCCAAAGGCUCGGAGCAGAACGGGAGGGUAAUCUGUCCCUGUUCGAUGGCCUCAGGAGUUCCGUGGCUUCUCAAGGAAGUGUUACAUUAGCGAAGACAUCUUACACUAAAGAGAAUCUUUACAGAACGGAUGUCUCUAUAUGUGUGGAUUCGAUUAUUCUGUUUGUUUUGCAUUCCUUUCGGAAUGUGCGACGCUAAGCCUGCAGGGGGCGCCGCGUCUCCGAGAGCGCAGGGGAAUUUCUGUUGCGCGCAAACGCUUUCCCGUAAACGCGGGACGGGCUGCAUUCCCUGGGUUUGGGAAGGAUUCUGCAAAUGCCUGAGGCCCGAAGGGCUUUCCUGACAACAAACGCAAACAUUUGUACCUCCUCGUACCAGGGGGCCCCCCUGGCUGUUAGUAAUGCAGCUCGUACUUGUUUAGCUGCAUGUAUAGAUUCAUUCAGUGUUAAGUUGCCCAACGCAGUUGUUUCACCGCGAGGCUGCGCGGAAGGCGCCAGUGGUCGGACAACUUCUGAACAAUUUCAGUUUGCAGCUUUGUGACGGGGGGGGUGGCCAGUUCCAGAAAUGACUGUAAUUGAUUAGUCCCCCCUCACCCCCCCCCUCCCCCCCAAAAAGACUGUGUGUGGCUGUACUGUGCUAAGGAGUGUCUUUUUAAAGUCUCCAAUUGAAGACUUUGUGUGUUUAUGCUAGCGUUUUUUUCCUCUCCUGUUAAAUAUGUGAAUAUUUUACUGGUCUCACGGUGCAGUCGGCUGCCUGCCCACUCUUGCCUGUACUAUGCAACUAAUGAGACAAUCUAUUUCUUUACAUGACGCACGUUACUAGUUUGACAGAUACUAAAGUGUUACAGAGUGCUGAACGCAAUAACUUGAACUGUUCUUUUUAUGUUACAGAAACACUAAUCUUUGUAUAUUUAAUUAUUGUAUAUUGUUUUGCUAUCACGAAUAAAGUUUUAUGUGGAAAGUUA